AUGGAGUCCAAGGUCCCGAUUGCCAUCGUGGGCAUGAGCUGCCGGUUUGCCGGCGACGUUGACGGCCCAAACAAGUUGUGGCAGCUUCUUGCCGAGGGCCGGAGUGCCUGGUCAGAAAUACCAAAGUCUAGGUUCAAUAUUGAAGGGGUCUACCACCCCAAUUCAGAAAAGCUGAGUGCUACCAACGUAGUUGGUGGUCAUUUUCUUUCAGGAGAUGUCGGUUUGUUCGACGCCCAGUUCUUCAACCUCUCAGCUGAGACGGCGGCAAGCAUCGUCAAGGACUCCGAGUCGCUACCCCGGUUCCUACUCAUGAGCACUGACGCAGCCAUGGCCUCCAACCGGCUGUCGCACUUUUACGACCUGCGCGGGCCGGGAGAGUCCGACAUGUCCAUUGUCGGGGGAGCAAACUCGAUCCUGAAUCCCGACAUGUUUCUUGCCAUGUCAUCCAUGACGUACGUCCGUCCUGCUUAUAAUGUUACUCAUAUCCAGAGACGGCAAAUCAUAUAUGCCUUUGACAGCCGCGCGAAUGGCUACGGCCGAGGAGAGGGAUCGGCCACACUCGUCUUGAAGAGGCCGGACGACGCCCUCGGCGACGGCAACCCCAUUCGGGCCGUCAUCCACGAGACUAGCGUUCACGGCACGGGCACGCCCACAGGAGAUCCCAUCGAGGUCGGCGCGAUUGCCUCAGCCUUCAAGGACCGGAGGCCAGCUGAUGAGCCACUGAGGAUUGGCUCUAUCAAGACAAAUAUCGGCCACACUGGAACAGUGAGUGGUGUCGCAGCAAUCAUCAAAGUCGUGCUUGCGUUGGAGAGGAGGCAGAUCCCUCCCAGCGUCAACUUUGAGAAGCCGAACGAGGAGCUGCACCUGGAUGAAUGGAACCUCGAGAAUUCGCGUAAUGAGCCAGGCUUAGAGAGCAACGGCCACGUAAACGGCCACACCAACGGGCAUGCCAAUGGCCACACCAACGGCUAUACCAACGGCCACCAUGUCAACGGUGUCGGUGAUGUCGAUACGGCACCCGUCCGCGGGUCUUCAUUCUCAGCGCCAGGGACAGCCGAGACGACGGCCCAAGCCGGAUUCCUUGACAACCUCGCCUACACCCUCGGCCAGCGCCGUUCCCUGCUCCCGUGGUGGUGGGCCGUGGGCCGCGAGCUCAUCGAACCGUACCCGGCGUUCAAGGCCGCGCUGCUGGACUGCGAUGCGCAUCUGAAGAAACUCGGUGCCAAAUGGGAAUAUGAUAGUAUAGAUCGCCCUGACGCGCCUGCUGCAGGCCUGGGGGGUCGUGCCGAUGGCCGUCACGAGCCACUCGAGCGGCGAGAUUGCAGCAACCCCGACCACUGGGUGCGCAGUCUGACGGGGCCGGUGCGGUUUGUUGACGCGUUCCGCAAUAUGUGCUUCGACGGGUGCAGCGACGAACUCCAGGUCGAUAUGGUCGUCGAGGUGGGCCCCCACGCAGCUCUGUCGGGGCCGGUCCAGGACAUCAUGAGCCUGCCCCAGUUCAGAGGGGCCAGCAUCCCCUACGCCAGCUGCUUGGUCAGGAAGAGGAACGCCGUCGACACGAUACACGUACUAGUUAGGAAUCUCAUCCAGAAGGGCUGCGCGGCGAACCUCGCCGCAGUCAACUUCCCACACAGCACCCACGGCCUGAAGGUGCUGCACGACCUCCCGCACUACCCCUGGAACCACCAGACAAGACACCGGAUCGAGCCGCGAGUCAACAAGGCUCUGCGAAACCGCGCCGAGGCACCACACGACCUCCUCGGGUCGCUGGUGCCGGGGGUCAACCUGGACGCACCAUCGUGGCGGCACAUGGUCAGAGUCAGUGACAUCCCCUGGCUAGCAGACCACGUCGUGCAGGGCAACAUUGUCUCCCCUGCCGCAGGAUACAUGGCCAUGGCCAUCGAGGGCAUGUCGCGCCAUGCUCUCGGGGAUAAGGGCGGGCGGCAGAUCCUGGGAUACCAAGUACCUAGUGUGAUUCUAAUACCUUGCAAGGUCCUGCCUCAAGCCCCGUCUACAAAGCUGGCCCCCGACGCCGCUUACCUGGUCGUCGGCGGGUUUGGCGGCAUCAGCCGCUCUGUCUGCUGGUGGCUCGCCGAGCACGGGGCCAAGACCCUGCUCCGCGCCGAGCUGGUCGACGCUGGCCACAGCGUGAGAGUCGCGGGCGUCAGCUGCAACAUUUCAGACACGAGCGAACUGACACAGGCGCUUGAUUCUUGUACCAAGGCCGGUGUACCGCCCAUCAGAGGAGUCAUCCACGCCGACAUGGAGCUACGAGGCAGCAGCACCGGGAAGAAACCAACUGCAGGAGCAGGCAAUCUCGGCGCGAGCAUAGCCGCCGUGCUCGGCGGGAUUACUCAAAAGCUGGUCGACAUCUUCAUGGUAGAGGCAGACGAGGUCGGCGCGGCGCAGUCUCCGGCCGACUUAAGCGUCGACUCGCUCGUAGCCGUCGAGCUGCGCAACAUGCUCGCGCGCAAGGCCGACGCCGACCUGUCCAUCUUCGACAUCAUGCAGGGAUCGUCGCUCGCCGCGCUGGCCGCCGCCGCCGCCGCCAGGAGCUGCUACCUCGACCUGUCGCUCGCGCAGCCGCGCUGA